GGCGCUGGUGCCGUGGGGCUGGGCGGGAGGGGGCGCGAGCCGCGGCGGCCCCGCGGCCCUCGCCCGCAGCUGGCGGCAGGCAGGGGAAGGAGGCGGAGCGGCGUAGAGCUGCGGGGAAGGCGCUGGCAGCGUGGAGAGGUUGAGCCGUUCCCCGGCCGUGAUCGGAGACCUGAAGGAUAAGGCCAGACCAAGCAGGGGCUGCUGGCGCUGUGGAAAGUUAGGGAGGAAGGCGGAGGAGGGGGGAGCACCUUUCCCCCCGUGUGGGGAAGGGCCUCCGCCGUGCUCUCGCCCGCGGAGCGGAGCCGGCUGCCCUCGUAGCUGAAGCCGCCGAGGAGGGGCCUCGCCUCCCGCCGCCCCGCGCUCCGGGCUCCACCUUUGUCGGGGUGGCCUGGGGUGGUGUCGCUUCUGUGGUGGGGGGCGGGAGGCUGGGGGUGCGCGAUUGAGACCGCCCGGCGGGGGAGACAGAUGGGCCGACAUGCAGCCGCAGCCCUCGCCGUGAGAGCAGACGGGGUCGCGUCUCGCCGCGGUGGAACUGAGGGGAUCGCCGUCGCCUUCCUGAGUGCAUGAGGCAGCGAGGAGGGGCGACGAGAACACAGAGACCUUUAACGGGAUGGGACGCGGCUCUUCACUAAGCCCGUAGAGAUCGAUAUUCGUGCUGCGGUCAGCCGGCGGGGCUGCUCUGACUGACGUUGCUGUAGACGCGCACUCGCGUCUGGAUAUGUUUCCUUCUCACCCGGGUUGUUUCUUCGAUAUCGUGAAGCUGCGUGGGAAAUAAGCUUGGUUCCCAGCUCAGUCGGGAGCGUGCCGCCGUUCCCCGCAGGGGGGAGAUGCCUCGGGGCUGGGAAGCAGGAGCAGACGCUUCCCCGGUGUCCGCGGAGCGCUGCCGGCUCCCGAGACAUGAAGGCAGGCGGGUGUAAUGGAGUAAGAGCGAAGACGGCUCCUCUCAUCUACCAUUUGCCCUUCCAGACGGGAUUGUAAACCGAGAGAGCAGAGGAAGGCUGUGCGAAAGAAGGAAGAAAUUCCCCUCGUCGGUCUUUUCUUUUUUUUUCUCCUCCUCUUGCCUCGAUCCUUGGCUUCCCCAGGUAUGACUGCCUCACUGCAGCACCUUGUGCUGGUGCUCUUGCUCUCCAGUGCCACCCUGCUGCUCAGCACUGCGGCUGCUACCCAGAGUGAGGAGCGGCUGUGUGCCUUUAAGGACCCCUAUCAGCAGGACCAUGGAAUCAGUGAGAGCCGAAUCUCCCAGGAGAAUGGCACAGUUUUGUGCAUGAAAGGUAGUACUUGCUAUGGACUUUGGGAAAAAACACGAGAAGGAGAUGUGCAUCUUGUAAAACAAGGUUGCUGGUCUCGUAUAGGAGACCCACAGGACUGUCACUUAGAAGAGUGCAUAGUUACAACUACCCCUUCCUUGAUUCAGAAUGGAACAUAUCGCUUCUGCUGCUGUAGUACAGACUUGUGUAAUGUCAACUUCACAGAAAAUUUUCCACCUCCUGAUCCUACUGACACAACCCCUUACAAUUCUUCUCAUUCUUUUCAUCGAGAUGAGACAAUAGUUAUUGCCCUGGCAUCAGUGUCUGUUCUGGCUGUUCUGAUUGCUGCUCUGUACUUCGGAUACAGGAUGCUUGCAGGAGACCGUAAACAAGGUUUGCACAGUAUGAACAUGAUGGAGGCAGCAGCAUCAGAGCCCUCUUUGGAUCUGGAUAAUCUAAAGUUGUUGGAGCUGAUUGGUCGGGGAAGAUACGGAGCAGUGUAUAAAGGCUCCCUAGAUGAGCGCCCAGUGGCUGUGAAAGUAUUUUCUUUUGCUAACCGUCAGAACUUUGUCAACGAGAGGAACAUUUACAGGAUUCCACUGAUGGAGCAUGACAACAUUGCCCGCUUCAUUGUGGGAGAUGAGAGGUUCACUGCAGAUGGCCGCAUGGAAUAUUUAUUGGUGAUGGAAUAUUACCCCAAUGGUUCUUUGUGCAAAUAUUUGAAUCUUCACACGAGUGAUUGGGUGAGCUCUUGUCGUUUGGCCCACUCUAUAACUAGAGGCUUGGCGUACCUUCACACAGAGCUACCUCGAGGAGACCAUUACAAACCUGCAAUAUCCCAUCGUGACCUAAACAGCCGCAAUGUACUGGUAAAGAAUGAUGGAACAUGUGUAAUUAGUGAUUUUGGGCUCUCCAUGAAGUUAACUGGAAACAGACUGGUACGUCCAGGUGAGGAAGAUAAUGCAGCUAUUAGCGAGGUUGGUACAAUCCGCUAUAUGGCCCCAGAAGUGCUUGAAGGAGCAGUCAACUUGAGGGACUGUGAGUCUGCUUUGAAACAAGUGGAUAUGUAUGCCCUAGGCCUUAUCUACUGGGAGAUAUUUAUGAGAUGUACAGACCUCUUCCCAGGGGAGUCUGUGCCAGAGUAUCAGAUGGCUUUCCAGACAGAAGUCGGGAAUCAUCCCACCUUUGAAGAUAUGCAAGUCUUGGUGUCUAGAGAGAAGCAAAGACCAAAAUUUCCAGAGGCAUGGAAGGAGAACAGCCUGGCUGUGAGGUCACUUAAAGAGACAAUUGAAGACUGCUGGGAUCAAGAUGCUGAAGCUCGGCUAACAGCGCAGUGUGCUGAGGAGAGGAUGGCAGAACUCAUGAUGAUUUGGGAGAGAAACAAAUCAGUUAGUCCAACGGUCAACCCUAUGUCAACUGCCAUGCAAAAUGAGAGGAAUUUGUCACACCAUAGACGUGUAUCAAAGAUAAGACCAUAUCCAGAUUACUCUUCCUCUUCCUACAUUGAAGAUUCAAUCCACCACACUGACAGCAUAGUGAAGAACAUUUCUUCUGAACAUUCAAUGUCCACUACACCACUGACUUCAGGGGAGAAGAACAGAAACUCCAUUAACUAUGAGCGACAACAAGCGCAAGCUCGCAUCCCCAGUCCUGAGACGAGUGUCACCAGUUUGUCCACCAAUACUACCACCACCAACACAACUGGCCUCACUCCCAGCACUGGCAUGACCACCAUAUCUGAAAUGCCUUAUUUGGAUGAAACAAACUUACAUACUACAAAUGUCAUGCAGCCAGGUGGACCCACCCCUGUUUGUCUGCAGCUAACAGAGGAGGACUUAGAGACAAAUAAAUUGGAUCCAAAAGAAGUGGAUAAGAACCUGAAAGAAAGCUCUGAUGAGAAUCUGAUGGAACAUUCACUUAAGCAGUUUAGUGGGCCAGAUCCACUUAGCAGCACUAGUUCCAGCUUGCUUUAUCCUCUCAUAAAACUUGCAGUAGAGGUGACAGGACAGCAGGACUUCACACAAGCUGGCAAUGGUCAAGCAUGUUUGAUUCCGGAUGUCCCAUCUGCUCAGGUCUAUCCUCUGCCCAAGCAACAGAACCUUCCCAAGAGGCCUACUAGCCUCCCCCUAAACACCAAAAAUUCAACAAAGGAGCCACGGUUAAAAUUUGGUGGCAAGCACAAAUCAAAUCUGAAACAAGUGGAAACAGGUGUUGCCAAGAUGAACACUAUCAAUGCUGCAGAACCUCAUGUUGUCACAGUUACCAUGAACGGAGUGGCUGGGAGAGGCCACAGCAUAAACUCUCAUGCUGGCACAACCCAGUACACCAAUGGCACAGUGCCAUCUGUCCAGACAACCAGUUCAGUUGCACAGAGGGCCCAGGAAAUGCUUCAGAACCAGUUCAGUGGAGAGGAUAGUCGACUGAAUAUUAAUUCCAGCCCUGAUGAGCAUGAACCCUUACUGAGGCGGGAGCAGCAAGUUGGCCACGAUGAAGGUGUCCUAGACCGCCUAGUAGACAGGAGAGAGCGACCACUGGAUAACGGCCGAACAAAUGCCAAUAACAACAACAGUAAUCCAUGUCCAGUGCAAGACACAGCCACAGCCAGUAUCCAGAAUGUAGUGAGAAAUCCUGGGCAGACCCAGACUAGAAGAGCGCAGAGGCCUAAUUCGCUGGAUCUGUCAGCCACAAAUAGUUUGGAUAGCAGUAGUAUGCAGUGUGACUCCUCACAGGACGGCAAAUCGGGCUCAGGAGAGAAGAUCAAGAAACGCGUGAAAACUCCAUACUCCCUGAAGCGGUGGCGUCCUUCAACGUGGGUCAUCUCCACAGAGCCGCUGCACUGCGAGGUCAACAACAACGGCAGCGACCGAGCAGUUCACUCCAAAUCCAGCACUGCCGUUUACCUCGCGGAAGGAGGCACUGCCACCACCAUGGUGUCUAAGGACGCAGGAGUGAACUGCCUGUGAAGUACUUCUAAAGCCUACAAAUCACCUGAGUUUCGCAUUAUUUGAAAUAAACCUGCAGAAGACAUUUAAAAAAAACUGCUUUCUCCUCCUGUCAGCAACCCCUACCAAGGACUUGCUUUAAAUAGAUUUCAGCUAUGCAGAACAAUUUUUAGCUUAUGCUUCCAUAUUUUUUGAUUUAGUUUUCUUUUUUGAACGUUUUUGCACUUUUCUUUCGUCUCGCUCGAGUUAAGUCUGUCUGUUUUGACCACGGAAUAUAUAUAUGUGUAUCGGAAAGGUGGUCUCAAAAUAUUUUUUUAAAAAAAAAAAGGAACGAAAAAAGUGUUGCUGAUAAUCAGUUUGGACCAGGUUCUUAACGGUCACUAAGAUCAGGAGCAGACUAUAAGACAGGUUUGACUGCAGUGGUGUCUCGUAACCAUGUUUUCAUUUCUGUGCACAAGCUAGUCUGUGUAUUUCUAUGUUACAAAGUGUUUUCUUUCUUUAAACCCCCUUUUUUUUCUUGUGUCAUGUUGAAAUGUGCAAUAGUCUAUAGUUCACAGUAUGCUUUAUUGAAAAGUGGGUUUUGUUUUUUAAACUGCCACAUGUUCCCCUUUUUGUAUGUGUUAAUUUUCCCCUGACAGUUGAGCAGUUCAGCCGGUCACAACAGUGAACUUUGCACACUGUAGCCAGCUUGGAGCAGCUGCCUCUUCACAUUGUGCUCUGAGGUGACAAUGCAUGAAUUUUCCCUGACUCGAAAGGGCUUUAAAAAAGGAACAAAAAAGACAACCUGAGCUCAGUACCUUUCCUUUGAUCCUUCCAAAUCAAAAUGUGUUUCUUUAUAGCAGUAGACGCCAACUUGUGAAGUUCUGAGUAACAAAACAUUGAACAAAUGUAAGGAAACAAUGUCAGCCAUUUUUUUCCAUUUCAUUUCGUGUGCAGUUUCACCCUUCUGUAUUUAUGUAAAACUUAUUUAGAUCACUAAUGAAGUACAUUAAAAACCUGCAUUUUAUUCAGAAACCUUAGUAACUGUCAUACUUAAAAGCUCUAGUGAAGAUAGGUUGUGAAUGUAUUUUGUUUACACAGUGGAAAAAUUACAAGUCUUAUUUGGCAUAUAGCAGCUUUGUGAUGAUUCACAAAUCUUUUCUGAUUUACCUCCUUAGAGGCAGUCUGGGGUAAAAUCACCCUGAUUACUUAUGCAGGUAGGUGCAUCCUAGUUGACUGAUGUUACUAGGUAAAGCUUAUUUGCCUUUCAGAGUUUUUAGAGGUCCUCAUUCAUCUUGCUAAAAUGUACUGCGUGCUUUUAAAAUUCAUGGUUGUGAGUGUUUGCAGAAGAGGGUUGGAUUUUGAGUCCCUCUGCUUAGACCCUUCUAUCAGUUUGUAUGCACAUUUUAGGUGUCUAUGAACAUGAAUGUAGUAUAUACUGAGAUAAAUUUGUUUUUUCACCAUCACAAGUAAACCUUACCCUUUUUUAGGGUCCACUGAAGUCUACUGAAAGAAAAUUCAAUUCUGUAUUGGUCAGGGCCUCUUUCCACCUAAGAAAUAUCUUACACCUAAGCAAUACUCUUUCUGAUUGAAAACACUUCAGUAAAAGCUGUUUAGAUAAAAGACAUCUCACCUGCCAGUUUUUGGUACUGAAUAAAGUACCAAAACUUUAUCACUUUGCCUAAAAACUGGUGAUGUUCAAAGAAAGGAAAUUAUUCAGUCAGCCUGCCAAACUCCAGUGGCAGGAUGCUGUCAGCAAACAAUUGUCUCCCCCAGCCUGUCUCAUUUUGGCUGACUGAGACAGAUGCUCUGUGCUUUGAAGCUCAUUUGUUUCCUUGCUACUAUAUUAUUCCCCCCCCCCCCCCCCCCCAAUAUAAACUUUGCUAGCCCUGUUCUUCUGUAUCUUAUGAUGCAACGAGUAUAAAAUAUGCCUUGCUACAUCUGAUUCUUGGUAUUUCCCAAACUCUGUCUUGUUCAUGCUUGAUUGCUAUGAUUUUUCUCUUGUCAUGCUUCUUAAUGUUUCUUAGAUUUUCCUUGAUACCUCCAAGAGAUAACUCUAUAAAUCCCAAAUUUGGUGAAAUGUAGUUGUAGAAAUACAAGCCACUAGACACAUCUUGAGCACCCUGUGCUCUUUAAGCACCAGUUCAAGUAGAACCUUUCUUCUGUCAUCUGCCUGGAUAAAUACAGUUACAUCUCCUCUCUUCAAAAAUACAGCCUUUCUCUGGUUUUACUUCUAAUUCACUCUCCAGCUUCCCAUCUGCUCCAGUCUUGCAUCCCAGAUGUUGAAAACCUGCCAGUUACUCAGCUGGGUUUCAAGACCCAAAUCAAAAUUUUUGGCAUUCUGUCCAAAAUGCUAGUUGUGGUUUUCUUCUUUUUUUGGCCUUUGAGUCUUCCUUUGAAGUACAGUAUGUUGCGUUGUGAUGAUGUAUAUCAAAGAUUCUUCACUUAUUGCCCAAUGACUUUUUUUCUUUGCUUUGGCUUGUGUGUAUUAUCUAUUAGCAUUUCAUAAUGUGGGCUGAAAAGCAUGUUUAGGACACUCUGACUGAACUUGCAACACUCUGCAGAGAGAAAAGUUACUUGCUCUGACUGCUGCAUCUUUCUGCUGUCUGUACCAGACUUCUAGCCUUUCUUUUCAGGCCAGCACUUUGUAUGAAAUCCAACUUUUUUUAUGAGCAAUGCAAUCAAAAUAAUUCUAAGACCAGAUGAAAAUGUCGUUUUUCUGUAGUUUUAAACAUUCCUAAAGUAACCACAGUAGUAUUUUUUUUUCCUUUAUCAAUUCUAUCACUUGGUAGAAGGCCUCUGGAAUGAAUAAUAAUUAGUAGAAAGUAUUUGUUUUGUAUUCUCCCAUGGAUAAUUUGUAACAUGACAGAAAUGUGUACUUUAUCACAAAACACUCUAUAGAUUAACUGGGGAAGAACUCUCAUUUUUAAAGGUCAGUGAAAACAAACUCUUAAGUAGUACCAAAAGACUAACUCUGCACAGCUCAAUGAGAUCAGGAUGGCAGUCUGGCUUUAAUGCUUCAUUUGGCAAUGCUUUUUUUUGCCCACAGCAUCUAAUCAAAUCUCCACAGAAGACUUUUGCAGUAAAUUAAUGAUACUGAAUUGUAUCUCAUACCAUGAGGAAUCAUCUUUCACCAGAUAAAAUAUAUGUAAGAGAGAGAAUUCUACAGAUCAGACACAGGGGAUAGGUGAUAAAUGUAUUAUAAUCAGAGGAGACAAAUUUGUAUGUGUUUUGUUUUGGGUUUUUUUACUUUUGUGGUUUGUUUUUGGUUUUGUAAGUAAAAAGGAUAAUUAUUGUUUUCUCCUGUAUAUUGCCGACAGGAUAAAUAGAGCAAAAUGGACUAGAAUGAUAGUGUAAAUACCUAUGAAUUGUGCCACAGUCAAAUAGGCAGAAGUAGAAUAUUUGCUCUGGUAAUUUAUAAUGUAUAAUUCAAGUAAAAUGUUAGAGCAAACAUUUGUGAUGUUUGUGUAAAUAAGCCAAAAUCCCAGAUCUUACUGGUUUUAAAAAAUGGUGUGCUAGUAGAAGCCAGAAGAGUUUCUAUAGGUAAAUGCUUUGUCUCUUUUUCUGUUUCCUGUUAUAAAGAUACUCUCCAACAUAACAUGGGUUUUAAAAUGUGAAUUCUAGCCAUUUGAAUGGACGUGCCUCAUGGUCAGAUUUAUUUUCUUCUAAAAUUGCUAUGUACCAGUCAGAUUAACUGCAACAAUUCUCCUCCACUUAUAAUGCUCUACGGCUUUGUGUACUAAACAAUUAAACACUCCAAGAUGCACUUAAAUUGCACACUGAAGGUAAAGGAACUCCUAAUUUAAAAGAAAACCAACUGAUAUCAUUAGAAUAUUCUCAGAAACAAAGAAUGUUUCUGUUUGUAUUUUGCUUUCUUACUGCCAUUCUCUUGUGUCUUGUUUCUAUAUAGAAAAUCACCUAAUUUUCUAGGGCAAUGCAGUUUCAUUUAUUCCAGUGCACUGAGGGACAAAAAACCAGCACAAGAUGCUGGCAGGAUUCAGGAAACAAACAACAAAGCCCUCCCACCCCUUAUAAAUACAUUUAGAAAGUAAAUAUCUUUCUACUUUUCAGCUUUCUCUGAAAGAAAUCUUUAAUCUAGCCUGCCUCAGAAAGGAGAAUAAGGAAGUUCUGUAGUGGUAUAGAAUAGAAUAUUGGGCCAAAUUUAAUUAGAAUGCAUUGUCAGUUUGAAAAUAUGUAUGUCUACAUUGCAUAUGCCAUUGUGUCUGUUCAGUGCAUUUUGCUCCUUUUUUAAAAAUUAAAAUCCACUAAUACAACAUCACUAAAUUUGUGUUCAGAUUAUCAUUUUCUUUCAUGAAAAAUAUUCAAAAGAUCAUAGCCAUUCUGCUACAGAAACAUUAUUAUGGAAACUUUCAGCCUAAUGAGGGUGAAUUUAGUCUAUACUGGAAAAAAACAGUUAUGCUGUAAUUGUCACUUGUGUAAAAGUCAUGGCAGUUUACAUUGCUGAAACAGGAUGGGUUUAAGUCAGAAAAAUAUGAUAAUUGCUGAGCAUGUUACUUUAUAUGUGAACUGGUGCAGCUUAUCAAGGAAAAGUGAAAUAGGAUUGAUUAGCCUAUGCCAGCUGGGUUAUAGCCUGGACAAUUUAGUAUUUUGCAUAAAUUUGGAUUACUUCAGUUUUUCCAUCUGGUCUCCCAUUACCCAUUUUAACAAGUAAAUGUAUUGGCCUCCUGUUUUUCCUGUGCUUACUACUUUUUUUGUUCAUCUUGAAGCCUUUUCUCCAGUGAAAAAGCAAUACCGAUUGCAGUGAAGGCCACAGUAUUUAUUUAAUGUAAGCUCUAUAUGCAUUUAGGUGCAUAUGUAUGUUGUGCAUAAAUUCCAGGAGCAAAUUCUGUGAGUUACAGCAUCAGAUGGAGCACUGGCAGCAAGUAUAAUGUCAUUUUGCAUAUGCCCUUUUCCAAGUUGUCUUUAGCACACCACUUUAAAGAUGAGAUCAGACUAUGCCAUAUAGUCCGGUUGUGCAGAGAAAGAUGGAAAUGCACAUGACAAACUCUCCAAAGCUAAGGAAUUUAAGGUAUCUUACAGAUCAAAAAUAUUUAAUACAUGGUAAUUUUUAUAAGACUGUUUUAUAUAGUACCUAUAGUUACGUUUGUGGUUGUCAUUUAAACAGAGUCUUUUAGACCAUUGAAUCCAAUUCUAUUUUAGGCUCCUGUAUUGUCAUAUAAAACACUAACUGUAGAAAUACAUCCCUAUUUUGACCCCACCCUUCCAGUAGGUUCACUUUUGAAGUGAAAUAAUAACAACUCAGAUUUCCCAUUUUGAGGUUUCUUCUGUAGAAACUAAAACAGGUUGCAGAACUUCCACUUCUGCAAAUAACAGAUUUAGGCACUCUGAAUCAAAAGGGGGCUUAUGAUACACACUAGUGUGUCUGAGCAAGUCAACAUCUGAUCCAGUAGUGCUUGAGCAGAUUGCUGUUGAAAUCAAAGAGGAGUCUGCCAUUGACGGGGCAAAGGAGGCUUGGAUGCUGCUAGCAGUGGUUUUAAAAGUUAAGAUAAGCCCUGAGAAAGCUAAAGUGGAAUGUGGGACUGCACCAGUGGGAGUGGUAGUGGAAGGUUUCAAGCUAAAUCCUCAUUUGCACCAAAGUCCUUUAAUGCUUAUCUGGAUUUCAUGCCAGUUUGACUUAGUGGCUUCUGUGAUGCGUUCCUAACAUGAAUUACUUCUUAUGAGCAUUUCUCUUUGUUUCAUUGUGGUUUACUAUAUGUAAUGUCCACAGUAAGCAGAACUAGUCCAGAGUUAUGCUAAUUUAUCAUCUAAUUGUCAGAUGUUUUUAAAGCCUUUUGAUCAGUAAUUGUGUACAUUUGCAAUUCAUUCAGUUGGUUUAAUACAUCAUGUUUCAACAGAUGCAUCAACUGUCACAGUAAGGAAGGAUUUCUUCAAAGUUACUUCUGGCUUCUGCAGGUACAUUACAGGAGCACACAUCUGUCAGGGCAUAGCAUCAUGCCAGGUAACAGUUUUAAAGCAGAAGUAAUUAGCCUCUGUAAUUUCCUACUUUCAAGGUCUCCCAAGAAUCAAUUUUUGGUAGUCUAGUCACUUGUUUUUAAGACAGAGCAAAAAUGUGUGAGGUUUAUUUCUAGAGCACUUGAUUCACUUUUUUUUUUUUGGUGUGCUUCAGAACUGUAUCAUGAAGUCUAAUACUUCAGUCUUCUUCAAAAGGAAAUAAAAUAGCUAAUGUUUCUGUAGUUUGUAAAAAGUCACAAGAACAGAAAAUAGGCAAGUACAAGUUAUAGCUGACUUUCAUUUGUCACUUUUGAAUUUCCUGAUUUGUGACCCUUCUCUCUCUUUCACACUGUUGAAAUGUAUUUUAAAGAGUUUGUAUGUAAUGUUUCUUGUCUGCUUUUUGUCUCUAGAGGAAAGUGUGCUCUAUUCACAUUUAUAUAAGCUGGAAUCAUAUUUUACAAUCGCUGUUGAUUAUUUUUCUCCCAAAUGCAGUACAAGAGGAAAAUGAACGUGGUAAAGACUGGUUUUCUAGAGUUUGGUCUUCUGUAGAAGCUGAAAUAAGGAGAUGUGAAACUGCCAUUUUCCUUAUGAAUGACUGUAAAGAGAGCAUUACUUUCUGAGUGAGCUUUUCUGGGGAAGAGGGGGAGAAACCCUAGAAUAUGGAGGCUCAUCGGAACCCUUUUGCUAACGGGUAUUUUUGGUUUUCUCUCAUGACUGAGGAAAUAUCAUGUAUGAAUUUAUAAAUAAUUGCUUUCAGUUACUUCUUUUGUAUAAGCUGCCCAAUACCCUUGCUGUGCUGUAUAAGUUGUGUUUCAUGGAAUAGUGUGAGUAUGAAAUAAAAAGCUAAUUUUUGAUUUUUAUUCAUCUGUGGAUGCCACUAUGAAAGCUGACAUUGUUAAAGCCACUACAGAGUUUUCUAUGAAUACUUGUAAGAAUUGCUUUGUUAUAUAUAAACCUAAAUAAAGAGAUUGUAUUGAUACAGAGACAUUGGAUAAGAACGUUUAAAAGGCUAUUCCUUAGGUCUAAAAGAAAAGGCUUGCUGUAAAAUGGUGCAUUAUUCCAUUUAUUAAAGAUCAUAUUAAUGACAAAAAAA